AUGAGCGCUGCAAUUAGGUUAUUGGCCGGCAAAACGGCUGCCAUCACCGGUGGCACAACUGGCAUCGGCCGCGCCAUCACACUCGAGUACCUUCGUCAAGGCGCAAAUGUCGCCGUCAAUCAUCUUGGCCUCUCCAAAGACGAACCUCUUCGGAUGAGCCUGAUCGAGGAGGCCGCGCGAUUAAGCAAGGAGGCACCGGCUGGUGCACCAACUGGUCAACUCCUUGAAUUGGCGGGGGAUGUGACAGAUCCCAAGACGGGAGAACAGCUUGUUGCACAGGCGGUCGAAAGAUGGGGUCAAUUGGACAUUUUUGUGGCCAAUGCCGGUAUCUUCAAAGCGUCCAGCUUCCUCGACAUCGAAAAGGAAAUGUUCGACACAUCCUUUCGAGUCAACGUAAACGGAGCCUUCUACGCCUGCCAAGCUGCAGCUCGACAGAUGGUAGCACAGGGUAAGGGUGGUUCGAUCAUCGGCAUUUCCUCCAUCAGUGCGCUGCUCGGUGGCGGCCAGCAAGUUCAUUACACUCCUACCAAGGCAGCGCUGCUCUCCAUGACGCAGUCCAUGGCAAUUGCGCUAGCCAAGGAUAAGAUCAGGGUCAAUGCUCUUUUGCCGGGAACAAUUCAUACUCAAUUGGCGGAUAAUGAUAUGGCAAACGAGGAGAAGCGCAAAUACCUGGAGCAUCGCAUUCCUUGGGGUCGAGUGGGUAAGCCUGAGGACCUGGCCGGACCGGCUGUAUUCCUGGCGACAGAUAAGAUGAGUGGUUUUGUAACGGGAGCUCAGCUGCUGGUCGAUGGUGGCAUAUUUCUGUCAGGGCAGGGAAAAGCUGUCUUAAACACAACCGACGAGCCCCGUUCCUUUACUCGAGGGCGACUUUCGCGUGGCAAGGGUUUGCGCAGAACAACAGGAUGUUUGACGUGUCGCAGAAGACGCGUCAAGUGCGAUGAGGUUAAACCGCGGUGUGGUGGCUGCACCCGCAAGAAAGCUCGUUGCGAGUACGCGAAAAUACAAGCGGGAACGAAAACUUCUCCAGCCAGAGAUGCCACUACGCCAAAAUCUCCAACAUUUGAGCAGCAAGAAGAUCAAUCUCGCGAACUGAGCGCCAAUGACAUACACAUGCCGUCAGGCGAACAUGUGUUGCCCAUUGAGAGUCCACAACCUGAAGAAACCGUUAAUAUCGACAACGGAGAUGAAGGAAGGCAUGCGAAUACGCAAAUCAUUCAGUCGCCACAAAAUAGCCUCGGGUCGCAUGGCGACUAUGGAAACAGAACCUACCCUCAUCUCGAUUCCAUAGUCUACGGCCUACCAUCACCAGCCCAACUUCCAUACCACCCUAUGUCUAUGGCAUAUGGAAGUUCACCAGAUGCAUCUCUCACAUUGAAAUGGCUUGACCUUCUACUUGGCGACGCGGCUAUCAACUACGGACCUUUACCAGAACCAUUUCCUGACCCAGGCGGCACCAACAUAUUUGGUAACUCCGCUAUACAGUCACCAACGACUUUGGGAGAUAACAGUGUAUCCCAUACAGGUGACUAUAUAGCUAGGCUGUGUGAACCACAUACCAUCGAGCCGAGAGUCGAAACGCGAAACGCAUACAUACGAGAACGAAUUGCAUCUGGGGAGGACCAGGUUCGCGAAAAAGAUCAGGUUUGGCAAGCAUUGGAACCUAUCAAUCUUCAAACGCAAGAACUUAUACUAUUUCGACAUUUCACCGAUCACAUCAGCCAGUGGAUGGAUCUAUUCGAGCCGCAAAAGCCAUUUGGAAGCCUGGUUCCACAUCUCGCUUUACACAAUGUUGGUCUGAUGAACGCUAUCCUCGCUCUCUCAGCUCGCCAUCUCGACAUCAUGAAUCGCGACACGCCUACCUACGCCGCAGGCUUCCGACCGACCCAAGACGAUACGAUCGGUUAUUACUACAAAACCCUUCACUACUGCCAAGAAGCGAUGCAAUAUGACGGGUACAAAACGAGUCUAGAGCUUCUGGCCAGUGCAUUCAUCAUUUCAGCUUACGAGAUGCUCGAUGGCUCUAAUACGGAUUGGGAGAAACAUCUGAAAGGAGUCUUCUGGAUUCAACGUUCUCAGACCAUCCAUGGACAUUCUGACGGCUUGCGACAGGCCGUCUGGUGGGCUUGGUUAUGCCAAGAUGUUUGGGCAGCUUUUCGCGAGAAGAGAAGACCCUUCACUUUCUGGAGACCAAAUCGUCCUCUGGCCGACUUGAAUCCAAGCGAACUAGCAGCCCGGGCUGUGUAUAACUUUGCGCAUGUUGUUCGCUUUUGCGCUCGAGACGAUGCAUCCAAUACUCCGGAUUAUGUCGCCGUCAAGACCCAAGAGGCUGAUCUUCUCUCUCGACAAUUGGACUACUGGGCUUCGUACCUAACCUCCGAGUUUCAGCCUCUUCCCAUCGUUGCUUCAGGUGCUGAAAAGAAUCCUUUCCCACAAGUUUGGGUACAGCCACCAUUUUUUGCUGUGGCGAUGCAAGUCUACUACUGCUCUCGGAUUCUACUCGAUCUGCACCGACCUUGCUCUGGCGGGUACGAAGAGUAUUUGGGUAAACAGCGAAUCCUCAAGCGAUGGGCUGGCAUAGUAUGUCGUAUCGCAAAAGCUCUAAACGACCAUGCGUCAAGUGUCUUGUCUUCACAAUGCGUCUUUAUUGCCGGAAUGGUCGUAGAAGACCCUGAACAACGCUCUGCAAUUCUAGACAUUCUCGAUACAUGCAGCCGUCGAGCAGGAUGGCCCGGCUACUCACUAGGGCGCGAGUUGAAGGAGAUUUGGCGCGACUAA